CGAGCUGCAGAGCCCACCUUCACCGACCGCAGAGCAGCACCUUCGCAAUGGACGGCAGGGACAUGGCACCGUCUCCGGGUCGAGCCCGCGGCCGCUCUCGCGGACGUCUACCACCCACGCCACUACAAUCUCCGGGAUCCACGGCGCCGCCAUCGCCUGCGCCGACGCCGACUCCCUCGGUGAUGUCCGACGUCUGCAGCCUGGCGGCGUCCGUGGAUAGGAUGAGCCUCAGCCACCCAGCAACGCCAUCCGAGCACUACAUGGGCAUGACGGUGGCUCCUGACACAGCGGCCUUGGCUGCCGCCGUCCGAGCAGGCCGCGGGGCGUCGCGUGGCCGUCGCGACGACUUCGCCAUCGUCCCGACGCGGCCCACCCACGUGACUGACAAGUGCGGCAACACGGGCAACCCGGUGCGACUCCUGGCCAACUACUUCCGGCUGCUGUCUCUGCCCAAGUGGUGCGUCCACCAGUACCACGUCGACUUCCUGCCGCUGGUCGAGUCGAGCCGCGUGCGGCGCGCCCUGAUGAACGACCACCGCGAGCGGUUCGGCCUGUGCUUCGUCUUCGACGGUAUGUCCGACCUCAAGACGCCCACGCGUCUCGAGCCCGACGUGCUCGAGCUUGAGUCGCACCGGCCCUCGGAUGGCGCGCCCAUCGUGAUUCGUAUCAAGUGGGUGCAGCAGCUGGCGCCCAACAACCCGGAGGUGCUGCGCCUUCUCAACACGCAGAUGCGACGCAACCUCGAGCGCCUGGGCUUCGUGCAGAUCAACCGGCACUUCUUCGACAAGUGCGCCGUGUCGGCCAUCCCGCAGCACGGCCUGGAGCUGUGGCAGGGGCUGGUCACCGCCAUCGGGCAGCACGAGACUGGCGUCAUGAUGGUCACCGACACCGUGCACAAGGUUCUUCGGCGUGACAGUGUGCUGGACAUGCUCAGACACGUGUCGACCUCGAUGAACUACCGGGACGAGGCUAUGAAGCGGAUCGCCGGCUGCAUCGUCAUGACCCCGUACAACAACAAGACCUACCGCGUCGACGACAUCGACUGGAACAAGAACCCCCUGAGCACGUUCGAGUCCAAGGAGGGAAGCAAGUCGUACAUGGACUACUACCGGGAGCAAUACGAAAAGUGCAUCCGUGACGUGCAACAGCCGCUGCUGGUGUGCCGUCCCAAGGAAAAGGACAUCCGCGCUGGAAGGACCGACAACGUCUACCUCAUUCCUGAGCUGUGUGUGCUCACCGGACUCACCGACGAGAUGCGCGCAAACGUGUCGGUGAUGCGCGACUUGGCUCAGCACACGCGCGUCGAGCCGACGAAGCGAGUGCGCAACCUGCUGGAGUUCAUAGGGCGCAUCAACGGCCACGCCGAGAUCCGCCAGGAGAUGGACCGCUGGGGCCUCAAGUUCGACGACGCCCUGGUCGCCAUCGAGGGCCGCGUGCUGCCGGCGGAGCGCAUCGGCCAGGGCGACCGCAGUCACCGCUACAACCCCCAGACGGCGGACUUCUCGCGCGAGACGCGCGACCAGCGCCUGCACAUGACCGUCAACAUCGAGUCGUGGCUGGUGAUCUGCCCCAAGCGCGAGGAGCCCAACACCACCGAGUUCGUGCGCACCCUGCUGAGCGUGUGCCCACCGAUGGGGCUGGGCAUGGGCCAGCCGCAGAUACUGCAGCUGGACGACGACCGGGCGGGGAAUUACGUGCGCGCCCUGCACGACGUCGGCGGCGCCGGAAACCUGCAGCUGGCGAUGCUGGUGCUGCCCAACAACCGCAAGGACCGCUACGACAUGAUCAAGAAGCAGGCCUGCGUCGACCUCGGUCUGCACACGCAGGUCAUACUGGCGCGCACCAUCAGCAACCGGCGCAACAUGCGCUCGGUGGCCACGAAGGUGGCCAUACAGCUCAACUGCAAGCUGGGCGGCGAAGCCUGGUGCCUGGACGUACCACUGGUCAACACCAUGGUCGUCGGCUACGACACCUACCACGACUCGAGCUCGCGCAAGCUCUCCGCGGGCGCCUUCGUGGCCAGUAUGAACCGCGCCUUCACCCGCUGGUACUCGCGCGUCGCCUUCCACGCCUCGCACCAGGAGCUGGGCAGCCAGCUGGGCCACCUCCUGCAGGACGCCAUUCACAAGUACAUGCAGGCCAAUGCGGGAUCCGCGCCCGACAGAAUCAUCUUCUUCAGGGACGGCGUCUCCGAUGGCCAGAUACUGCAGGUGCGCGAGUGGGAGAUCGACCAGAUCGUCAGCUCCCUGGACGCGCUCUUUCCGGGCGUGGAGCACAAGCUCGCCUUCGUGGUGGUCACCAAGCGCAUCUCGACGCGCUUCUUCCUGCACGACCCGAGCCGGGGCUACGGCAACCCUCUUCCGGGCACCGUGGUCGACACCGAGGUGACGCGCCCCGAGCGCUACGACUACUUCCUCGUCUCGCAGAGCGUCCGCCAGGGCACCGUGGCCCCGACGCACUACAACGUAAUCUACGACACGACGGGCCUCAAGCCGGACCACAUGCAGCGCCUGUCGUACAAGCUGACCCACCUGUACUUCAACUGGCCCGGCACCAUCCGCGUGCCGGCGCCCUGCCAGUACGCGCACAAGCUCGCCUUCCUGGCCGGCCAGUCGCUGCACAGCGAGCACAACGCUAAGCUCGCGCCAACCCUGUUCUACCUGUAAUGGGAUUGGCACCGAGAUGAGAUGGAUGGACGGCACCUGUUCAUGCAGAUAACUCGGAUACGCUUCACACUGUCGGCGCGACUGACUGCCAUCUUUGUUUCGUCUUAAUGUGAACGGAACGUUCCUUCAUUAUCGCAAGCGUAGAUGAGGUGGUUCGUUAGAGCAGCUUUUUUUCUUUUCUUCCUUUUUUUUUUUGCAAGAAAUGCCUGCUUCAAAGAAAAAAAGUCAUUCAUGUCCGUAUGGUCCGGUCUGGAUUUCGUUAUUAGUCCGCUUGUUUUUUUAUCAAAUAUCUUUCUUUUUUCAUUUUUCUUAUUGGAUGGCAACUUUGCGAUAACUGAGCUGGGUUAUUCUUAAUACCGUAUUUCUAGGAAGCUCAUCUACGUAAAUACAUGACCGCAGAAAUAUGAAAUAUCGUACCUUUCAAGAUUCUAUUGCAUACCGAUUCAUUGCCGGUAAAGUUUUUUCAAAGGCAACCUUAUAUCAGUAAUUAGAGAAAAGAAACCGUUUUAUUUAUUCUAGCGUGGUCAUUGUCUUAAAGCGCUAUAUUUCGCUCGUGAUUUCAGUGAAAGGAGCGCAGCUUUAUAAUUAUUUUGCUGCUUUAUAAUACUUCGCGCACUUGUGUGAACACUUUUGUGAGGUUCGCAAUCGGCUUAUUUGAUUCCUCCCACUUAAAUUCCAAAUACCUGUCUCAAACAUUUGAACUGUCCAUCCAUCCAUCUGCUGCAUUUAUUAUUUUUCUGUUUUCGUUCAUUCACUUGCUUUUCUGCAUAUUUGGCAUGCAGUCUGCGCCUGACUGUUUUUUUUUUUUUUUUUUGCAAAAGCCAUCUUAUUUGGUCCGGUUCAGAGGCCUUAAAAUAUUUCUUCAACUUUUCUCAUUAAAAUAUCGCCUACUUAGAGCGGCCAAUAAUUUCAUGCCGUGGGAAUAUUGAUCUGUAAACCAUGUCGUGGCUGCUAAGCACGUGCUUCAGUUACACGAAUUAUUGAUUUUCAGUGCAGUGAUUGCCUGGUAUUCCUUCUGUUCUUUGCAGAAACGACUUCGAUUCAUUCAAUGAAAAAAGAGCACUCAAGGUAGUGGCGCGCGUACGAAGUGUCGAAAAGAAAAAAGGAAAGAUUACGCGAGGAAAUUGCGAGAACAAAGAUAUGCACUCGUACUGUGUGAGCCUUAUGCCUAGAGGUCCGGCAACCAUAGCUAGCGCAACGGCUUGUGACUUGUAUUCGUUAAGUUGAGCUUGAUGUGUUACUUUCACUGAUGUGCUGUGAUGUUCUCAAAUUGAAUUUAGUUAUGUCAUCAUUGAUUUCGGAGCCUUUCUAUGCAUAUAAUCGCCUAUUGAAAUAUCUCUUCGCGAUUAUGCUCCGUUGUGUUUUGUGUAACCAUCGAUGUACUCUAUCGACCAAUAAAGAUUGCGUUACGUUUGG